AUGCGCAGUCCCCGCUGAGUAACAGCAGUAGAGUAAUGAUGGCGUCCUCAGCGGCUCGCUGCUCCACACGUUGGAUAACAGUUGCCGUGUCCUCCGGUCACCGUCCUGCUUGUUGUGCUCUGGCCCCUUCCAAUGGAGGCUCAAGAAGUCUGUCGACUUUUGGAGCACAGAAAAUCUGGUCGGGAAGCAAUGCAAUGCGUGGGGGCACGGGGAAUGCGUUGACAUUGAGAGGUCUGUCAGUUCCAGGUGUUAAAUCUCCCCAUGUCAUCUGCACACUGUCCUUCCACACAAGUGCCCCAGCCUCCAACAAACAGGACUUCUACACGGUGUUGGAGGUACCACGCACUGCCACCCAGAAAGAGAUCAAGAAAGCGUAUUACCAGAUGGCUAAGAAGUAUCACCCUGACACCAACAAGGAAGACCCUAAGGCCAAGGAGAAAUUUGCUCAGCUGGCUGAGGCUUAUGAGGUGCUGAGUGACGAGGUGAAGAGGAAGCAGUAUGACACGUACGGGGUGGCAGGGUUCGACGCCAGCCAGGCGGGCGGUGGUGGUGGACACCAGCAGUACUGGAGCGGACAGGCCAACAGCGUGGACCCAGAGGAACUGUUCCGCAAGAUCUUUGGGGAGUUCUCCGGAAGCCGCGGCUUCGGCGACUUCAAUGCCGUAUUUGAUCAGCCCCAGGAGUUUAUCAUGGAGCUGACGUUCACCCAAGCUGCCAAGGGGGUCAACAAAGAGAUGGCGUUCAACACUGAGGCCAGCUGCCAGCGUUGUGAUGGCAAAGGGAGCGAGCCUGGCACCAAGGUUGUGCACUGCCACUACUGCAACGGCUCUGGCAUGGAGACGGUGAACACUGGCCCCUUUGUGAUGCGGUCGACAUGCCGUCGGUGUAAUGGGAAAGGCACUGUGAUCUCCACCCCAUGUAACUCCUGUCACGGGACCGGACAGACCAGACAGAAAAAGACAGUAAUGGUCCCUGUCCCAGCAGGUGUUGAGGACGGUCAGACGGUCAGGAUGCCUGUGGGGAAGAAGGAGGUGUUCAUCACGUUCCGGGUCCAGAAGAGCCCAGUGUUCAGACGGGACGGAGCAGACAUCCACUCUGACGUGCUGAUCUCUGUGGCUCAGGCUGUACUGGGGGGCACGGCCCGGGCACAGGGCCUCUACGAGACAGUCAACCUCUCGAUCCCUGCUGGGGUCCAGACAGACCAGAGGAUCCUCCUCUCUGGGAAGGGCAUUGCACGGAUCAGUGGCUAUGGUUACGGAGAUCACUACAUCCACGUCAAAGUCCGAGUCCCCAAGAUCCUGACAGACAGACAGAAAGCUCUGCUCAUGAGCUACGCAGAGGAUGAGACUGAAGUGGAGGGGACAGUCAAUGGUGUCACAAGCACCACUGCAGGUGGGGGCAGCAGUGGUAAGCAGUCUGAGGCAGGGCAGGACAGGCAAGAGGAGGUAAAAGGUCCACUGGGAACUGAGGCGAGUGUCCGAGGGUAGAGAUGAUGCCCUAAGAAGACAGCCACAGGGAGAGACCAGAUAUGGGGACAGGGGGUGGGGGAGUGUUGGAGGGAUGAUGUCUACUGUAUCCUACUCUAGCACUAGACAAGACUGGUUACCCCAGAUCUACCUUCACAGAUCUCCUUUCAUCCUUGAUCAGUUCCCUAGCAGUGGAAGACAAUGGACUGAAACAGACUCAAACACUAGACAAGACUGGUUACCCCAGAUCUACCUUCACAGAUCUCCUUUCAUCCUUGAUCAGUUCCCUAGCAGUGGAAGACAAUGGACUGAAACACAAUGUGGUCCUAACUCAUUCCUGCUGCCUAAAACCCAAAUCCAAGAGGAAAUACGCUCUGGAAGUACCAGGAAGUGACUGCCCCUUAGGCUUGGAGUUUUUUGGAUUUUGUUCAAUGUGCAAAAAUGUUGCGCAAUGGUCUUCAAGCGCAAACAAAUCAUAAGGCAUCGAUCGGGUGGAAGUAAAUUCCUCCACAAAUGCAAAUAUAAUUAUACAUCUUAAAUUACCACAUGUUCAAAAGAUUAGGGUACGUGAUCCGGAAGUAAAGCGAACGUGGCGGCAACUUUAACAGGGUAUUCCAUAGAUUUUCCAAUUGUUCCUGUCCAUCAGAUUCCUAACCGUGUGAUAGCAGCGCAGUCAAACAGUCACUCAUAAAGUAUGGUCUGUCUGCUGUCUGAGGAAUGUACUGUUGCCAGUGAUAGCC